CCAUGACGUUGCUUCUGAGAUUUUAUUUCUUGCUCUUGGGUCUUAGCACAUGCCUCAUCCUUACAGUUCAGGCAGAUUGCAGCAAAGACUGUACAUUCUGUACACGACUGGCAUUCCAUGCCAACAUCAAACCUCUGGUGUGUACAUUAGAAUGUGAAGGAAAGUUGCCUUCUGCCAACUCCUGGGAAACCUGCAAGGAGCUCCUACAACUAACUAAACUGGAUCAUUCCCAGGAAGGAAAUGGUGCCCUAGGGGACAAGCUAAAAGAGCAGGAUGAGAGUCAUUUACUAGCCAAAAAAUAUGGUGGGUUCAUGAAAAGGUAUGGUGGCUUUAUGAAGAAGAUGGAUGAAUUUUAUCAUAUAGAACCUGAGGAGGAACCUAAUGGAGGAGAAAUCCUUACUAAGAGGUAUGGAGGGUUUAUGAAGAAGGACUCUGAUGAUGAUGCUUUGGCUAAUUCCUCUGAUCUGCUGAAAGAGCUUCUUGGGACAGGGGAAAUUGCUGAUGCUGGGCAUUAUCGGGACAUGAACGAUAAUGAUGUUGACAUUGCCAAAAGAUAUGGUGGCUUCAUGAGAAACAUAAGGCACAGCCCAGAACUGGAAGAUGAUGCCAAAGAGCUUCAAAAGAGAUAUGGUGGCUUCAUGAGAAGAGUGGGAAGGCCAGAGUGGUGGCUGGACUACCAGAAACGCUAUGGUGGAUUUCUUAAGCGCUUUGCCGAUUCUCUUCUUCCUUCAGAUGAAGAUGGAGAAAGUUACUCCAAAGAAGUUCCAGAAAUGGAAAAGAGAUAUGGUGGAUUUAUGAGAUUUUAAAAUCCUUCUUUUUGUCCUUUUGGUCGCAAAUGAAAGACUGCCUCAUUUAUCAUGAUUUAUUGCAAUUUGUUGCUUGUACUGUACAGUUUUUUACUGUCCUAGUUAAUAAUGCAACCUGCUGUCUGUUCUUUCAAGUUCUGUGCUAUUUUAAGUCAACAACUAACUUCUUGUCUGUUUUCGAUCUAUGUUGUACUCUUCAUGCUAAAUCUACUUUGAUUACCAUAUCUAUUUCUUUGAAACAACACAGUUACUUAACUGCAUAUACAAUAAAUCCUUCAUCCUAACUGCAUAA